AUGAAUGUCUUGACUCAAAUCGCCACACAGUUUCUUAUUACCAAGAACAAUCUUAUUCAGCUAUUGCGAACGUUGAACUUUUCGAAUGAAUUUUUGGAGCAACUACGUCAUGAUCGAAUCACCAUCGAUGAAGGUAUGAUCCGACGUCGUAUCAAAUUAUUAUGUGAGAUAAGUAAAGAUCAAUCCUUUCAAGAUCUCUUCUGUCAUGAAGAUGGAAUCCGUCUAGUAUUUCACACAAAAUUAUACGAAUCUCGAUUUAUACGUUUCCGUACUAGUUUCGACGUUAAAAUUAUCGCACUGAUAUUAAAUGAUCAUCAUCAAACGAUACAAUUUAUGAUCAAUAAUAUUCAAAUUAAAUCUCUCAAUCGACUAUCGAAACCAUUUCGGUUUUGUAUUCAGUCGAAAGCUCGAUCAUUGGUGACUGGAGAACUUGAACGAAUCUUUGCCGAACAAAAUAUUCCUUAUGAACGAUUAUUUAGUGAUAUAAAACGUCCUAUCACGUAUGAAAUCAAUCUAUCAUCGAUGAAAGAACUCGAUCAAUUUCGCGAACGAUAUUUGAUUAUUGGCAACCGUUCGAUUCUUGACUUAAUUCAGAUCACCUAUGUUGAACACUGUGAACAAGCUAUUGUCUUAGGUUAUCGUUUAAACACAACAGUCAACGAAGAAUCAACUAUACAAUUCAUUGAUUGCUAG